CCCCCCACACACACACACAGAUCCCCGUCUCCCCCCAAGGACACCCCCCAGGGCCCCUCAGCCCUUUCCGACCCCCCGCCAUGGCAGCCGUGUGGCAGCAGGUCCUCGCCGUGGAUGCCAGGUACGCAGCGUACCGCACACCGCGGUGGCCGCAGUUCCGCACGCAGUACGUGCGGCGCCGGAGCCAGCUGCUGCGGGAACAGGCGCAGGCGGGGGCCUUGGAGGGGGGCACGCGGCGCUGGUACCUGCGAGUCCGCGCUCGCCUCCUCGCGCAGCGCUACGGGGCCCUCUCGGAGCAGAGCAGUUGCCGAGCGCACAGCAGCAGUGCCCUGCGCGCGAGCCGCACCACGCUUGACCGCAUGGAGGAUUUCGAGGAGGAGGCGCGGGGGCCACGGGGGCAUCGGCGCUCGCUGAGCCGGGGGUCGCAUCCGGGGGCGCCGCGGGGGGGCCCCGACGAGAGGGCCCCCGGUGUGGUGCCGACGCCGCUGGCACAGGCGAGCCGCGCCAUGGCCGGCGACACUUCGCUGGGAGAGAACUACGCCUUCGCCGGCGUCUUCCACGUCUUCGACCAACACGGAGACCGCGCUGUGCCCAAGGUGCAGUUCGCCCAUGACGACCGUCACCUGCUGGCGUGCUGCUCGCUGGACGGCACCAUCUCCGUGUGUCGGUUGGCGCCGGGGCCGCCGUCGGUGCUGCGGGUGCUGCGGGGCCACGGCGGUGGCGUGGCCGACUUCGCGUGGUCACUCUCCAACGACGUUCUGGUGUCGGCGUCGCUGGACGGGACUCUGCGGCUCUGGGCGCCGCUCGAUGGGCGCUGCAUCCGCCGUGUGCCCGACCCCGACGGCGCCGCGCUGCUCUGCUGCGCCUUCCAGCCGCUCAACAACAACCUCACCGUGGUGGGCAGCGCGCGGCACAUGGUGCGGGUGGUGAACAUCUCGACAGGGAAGGCGUCGCGCGGAGGUUCGGGGCGGCUGCCGGGCCGCGUUCUGGCGCUCUGCUUCGAUGCCCUUGGCCGCGUCCUCUGGGCCGGCGAUGACCGCGGCUCCGUCUCCUCCUUCCUCUGUGACCCCGGCACCGGCCGUCUGACCAAGGCCUCCCGCGUGGUGGUGGCGUCCGGCGGCUCCGUCACGUCGCUGUCGGCGCGCGCCUGGGCCAACCGCGAAGCCCCCGACCCCUCGCUGCUCGUCAACGCCUGCCCCGACCGCCUCCUGCUCUUCAGGUGCCGUGGGGCGGCUAUGGGGCAGCUAUGGGGCGGCCGUGGGGCUCACUGGCCUCGUGCUCACAGGGUGGUGGAAGAGGACGGCUCCGGCGCUCCGGGGCUGCGGCUGCGGCGAAGCUUUCCCACGCGGCACCGACAGCAACCGCUGCGCAGCUGCUUCUGCCCUCUCAUGUCCUUCCGGCAGGGCGCCUGCGUUGUGACAGGCAGCGAGGACGCCUGCGUGCACUUCUUCGACGUGGGCCGUGCGUCGCGCUCGGCGCUGAACUCGCUGCAGGGCCACGGGGCCGCCGUUCUCGCCGUGGCCUUCAACUGCGACGAGAGCCUCUUGGCUUCCAGCGACGCCCGCGGCACCGUCAUCGUGUGGCGCCGUCAACACGCCUGACGCGGCCCCCGCGCGCAUGUGGCGGCGACAACGCGCAACAACACGUCUGUGGCAGCAACGGUGGCGUAUGUGUCCCUCUUGUGCCAACACAGAAUAUCCCCCAACACACGCAUAUCCCCUCCCGGACAUGGAAUGUCCCCCAACACACGCGUGUGUCCUCUUCUGGACACAGAAUGUCCCCCAACACACGCGUGUCUUCCUCUCCCAGACAUGGAAUGUCCCCCUAUACACUCCACGUGACCCCCUCCCCACGUCCCCCCCAUCACCCCGUG